CUGGCUGGCUGGCUGGUUGGCUGGGGCUCCAGCUCAUAAUCUAGAUAGUAUCACUUCCUUCUCAAUGUCUGCUACUGCAUCUCCAAGCCCAGCUCCUCUCUUCAGUUAGAGGGGAGCACUGAGACUAGAUGGCUCACUCUGAUAGCAGGGAAACAGGGACUUUGGUAGGACUGUCUCGUCACAGAAGGGAAGAGAAUGCUUUGGGACAGGGAGAGUGAGAUGGGGAGCUUCUUCACUCCCAGUAGAACAGUGAGAUACCUGGAUGGGUGGAGAAACUGAACUGAAACUGAGAUGGAUGGAGCUUACAUGCGUAGGGACAUACAAAGAUGUUUGUUUUGAUCAGGAUGAAAUGCUUGUUCAAUUCUGCUUUGAGAGAAAUUUGAAUGUUUUUAAAGCCAAGUUUCUGUGGUUUUGGAUGUAAUGUGUUUUACCGCAGGGACCAUGGUUAUGAUGAAGCUCUCUGCCCUCCUCUUCGCCUAUUUCCUGGUCAUUUGUCAGAUGUACAGUUCACAUGCAGCUCCCGCCAGGUGAGGAUCAAAGCAUGUUUUAUACACUGCAAUGUCCAGUCAGUCACUGAAAUGUAUGUAUAGAUUACAGGGAUGUUCAUUUAUAGCAAUCCCAAAAGGAAAGGGCAUAGAUCCCAUUGGGAUACUUCUAUCUUUCUAUUAGUAAUUGCUGUUAUUUCAUUGAUAAUUUUCUAAAGAGGUAUCUUGGCAGCCAUAUAAAUCUAAUGCAUGCUAAUUUAGAUUAUUUCGUUUUCAGAUAACACAAUGUGAUUACAGAAAUCCAUACAUUACGUUACAUUAAAUGCCCUCUUUACAGUAAUGUGAUCCAAUUGGAUUACGAUAUCGUAAUCUAAUCAAUCCGGUGACUCAUAAAGCCAUUCUAUUUAUAACUUCCUAACCACUUCCAUCCAUUUGGAAACAAUCCAGCUUAAUGCCACAGCAAUAGGCUAAGAUGAUUGCUAUUGCAUGUAGAAUAUUUCCAAAUGGUUGUAGAAUGCAUGGGUGUUCAAUAUUCCAGAUAGAGAGACCUUGGUCACCAUUCUUACUACAGUAUUGAUUUAGUCAUAAAGCUCUAAGUUGGCUACCUGUCAGCUUUUUAAAAGGAACACUUUUAGCAGAUUGUUUUGAGUUUGGCUGAUAUCCCUUAAAGCAUGAGGCAAUCGCUUUUAGCUGGAGCAAACUCACAUAACCUACGUCAUACUAUUUUUAACCCAGUGCUGGUGCAGUUUCUGUCUGAUCAACCUAAUCGCCUAUGUGUUUUCAGAACUGGUUUAGAGUCCAUGACAGACCGAGUCACGCUAACUGACUAUGAAGCCCGAAGGCUACUCAACGCCAUCGUCAAGGAGUUUGUGCAAAUGACUUCAGAGGAACUGGAGCAACAAGCCAAUGAAGGAAAUAGGUAGGUACAGCUCUCCUCAUCUCCACAACUUGUUUAUAACAACAUUCAUUUUCAUUUUCUCUAGGUUUACUUGGUUUAUACUAUAUGGAUGACACAUUUUCCUAUUAUUCAAGAAAACAUAUAACCCGAAAUGUCUUGUUAAUAUGUGGCCAGUCCUUUGCUGCCUCCUAUAGCAGUCAGAGCUAUGGGUAUUUAUUAAAGACACAGAGGUAUGGACAUCUCCCAACCAUCAACAGGGAAAUCUAUAGUUAAAACAUAUAUUCUCUGUGAUUAUCUAUGCAUGGAUUUUUGGAACACUUAAUUUUGAUGUAUUCAUUAUUUAAGCAUUGUUUAUGAGAAAGCCUGUUGCGGAAUGCUAAAUGAUAAAUGACCCUAAAGAAUGGAAGAAAGCAUGUGAAUUAGUGCAAGAGGAAUGGGAUGCAUGACAGCAGUUGUGCUGUUUGUUAUAAUUUAACUACGAUGCUAUAAACAGGAUUGCCGCAUGAGCCUAAUUAACUGAGGGCAUAAUAGCUAUAGACUAUUUUCAAUUGCCUGUGUUGGACUUGAUAGCAUGGCUCUAAAAUGUUAUUUCUUAUAUAAAUGCAAGUAAAAACGGACUUUGAAAUGCAUGAUGUUGGAAUACAGUGUUAUUACUGUAGCAUGUGGAUAACAGCAGGAUGCAUCUGCAUGCCAUGGUUACUAUGAGCCUGUUUCUGCAUGUUUGUCUCUCUCUCUAACAGCCUGGAUAGACCCAUGUCCAAGCGUUGCUCCAACCUCAGCACCUGUGUGCUGGGCAAACUGUCCCAAGAGUUGCACAAAUUGCAGACAUACCCCCGCACCAACACGGGAAGUGGCACGCCUGGCAAGAAACGCAGCCUGCCUGAGAGCAACCGCUAUGCAAGCUAUGGAGACUCAUAUGAUGAAAUCUGAGUGGCCCUUCCCUCCAUCAGCCCUAGUUAACCUGACCCCUCUGUUCUGUUCCAUCCUAGCCUGAUGAUUGCUGAUGCAUGUGGAUCUUGCUUGCUUGACUGACUGCAGAGAAACCUUGAUGUCCCGCAAUGUCCCUACUCUCUUUUUCUUUUGUUAAAAUCCCCUUUUUUGACAGAGAAUAAGAUACAUAAGUACAAAGCAGAGUCCAAUCCUUUAGAUUUAGAAAGUGAAUAAUAAUCGAGUUACACUUCCCCAUCUUAAGGUGUAUGAUAUCCCUUUAUUAUACAGAUCAUUCACAAUAUAUUACAAUUGUUAAUCAAAUCAAAAAUCUUAAUCAAUGCUUCUUUCAACCGUGACUAGGUUUCUUGUUUAAUAAACAUAUUUUUUAUACCAGAACAUAUUUUCCUUCUUAAUUAUUCAAGUGAAACAA